AUGAUAUUAGAACACAGAUUUGAACUUGGAUCCCGUUUAUGCAUCAAUCAGUGUCUUCGUGAAUCCCCACCGCGCCUCCAGCCCUUUACCUUUGGCGCGCCUUCACAGCCGCUCCGCCGGCGCGUCCUUGAGGCGGGACACGCCGCUCCCCAUUUUCUUCUCCCCAGCACGCUGCGUGCUGGGCGGUCGGUCCGGAUUCGUCCGCCGUGGCUGAGACUCAGCAGCGCAAGCACGUGCCCAGGCCCUUUCGGCUCUGGCGCCAGGAAACGGCUGGCAUCGCCUCGCUUCGUCCCUCUGGCGGGGCUGCCCGGCUCUGCCACUCCGCCGCUCGGCACACGCGCGCAGCUUUUGGAGGAGGCGCCGCACGGCGCGGCAGCAGGCUGCCUGUGCGCUCCUCGCCGCCAAGCUGAGCUUCAGGCUCCUCUGGGGGCUGCCGGGGAAGGAGAAGAGAGCGCAAGGAAGGGUUGUAGCGACCCCCAGAGUCCGAGGAAAGGACUGCGUCUCGUUUUUUGCCCGCUUAUUCGCGCUAUCUAUUGUCGACCUGCUUUUGCUGUCGAGAGAUCAAAACGCAAGUUAGAACGUGAUCUUCUCCAGGAACUCAGGCUAUCUGAAGAGGCAAGCAAUCCAAGUUACUCAGAAAGCAGAGAAGUAACCUGCAGAAGGAAGGUAAGGAAUUUUAUUUUGGGACAAAUGAAGAUUAAAUUUCACUGA